AUGGACGAAUUCAACAAUUAUCCGUGGGGAUCUAUAUCUUUUGAGUUUUUGCAAGAUUCUCUGUUGUUUGCUCCCGGGAAGAAAGAGAGUGAUGAAGAGAAUAAUGAGAAGGGAAAAGGACAGAAAAAGGGAAAAAAGGUGGUGCAGAGUUCAGUGAGAAAAGGGAAGAAAAACGUGGAAGAUGAGAAGCCUAAAAGAAUUAACAGACCUGGACGGAGUAUGACUAAGGAUGUUGGAGAGGAGAGGAAUAAGACUGAGGAUGAGGAUGCUGGAGAGGAGAGUGAUAAAACUGAGGAUGGUGUGGUGUGUGUCACCCUUGUUAAAUUUCUUACGAAUCCUCCUCAAAAGAUUGACAUGUCCACUGCUGAGGGUGAAUGUGGCGAAGAUGUUAUAGUUGGGGUUCGACAAAAGAGUGGUUUGGAAAAUAGUGAGAUUCUUGGCCUUGCGAUGAAGAGGCGAAUGGCAGUGGUGAGGGAAACUCCAUGGAUAUGUCGGGAGAUUCCUAAUAUUUCGGAGGACACAAUUGCUGACCCCAUCAGGCCUGUUCCUCGUGAUUCCCUUUUGGAGGUUGCGAAAUUCUGCUGGGAAUGGGGACAAGAAGAAAAUUCACAUGUGCGGUUAUGUGGAGAAGAUGGUAUGGAAGGUUCACAUAACUUCUUUGUUCGAUUGCUGACUAAGGAUGGUUGGUUGGAUGACUCACACAAGAGGUCUGGCAACUGGGUAGGUUCUGACUGGACGAUACUGGACACCACUUUUCAGGUUUCCGUUAUGAUGCAUAACUCGUGUGCCACUAUGCAGAAAUGUGCUGCCUUGGAUUACAAGCAAAUGAAGGCGUAUGUGGGAAAGGAGGACAGGCAGAAGCAUUGGAUCUUACUUGUUGUCGAUUUAAAAGAGUGUGAGAUAAAGGCAUAUGAUUCAAAAGUAGAUAUGUGCAGAACUCAAGCCAUCCAACGGGCAGUGCAGCCGGUGGCGAAAAUGUUGCCCCGGUUGUUAAAGGAAUCUGGAUAUAUUGGCGACGGUCUACUUCUGAAAAUUGAGUGCACCCCCAGUUAUUCGCGUCAUGGAUGCACCCCAAAAAGUAGGCGGGGGCGACUGUGGGAUGUACAUCCUCAAAUACUGCGAGUUUCUGACCUCGAAUGUAGACCUGGCCAAGAUUUCCCAUGA